AUGACCACCCCCUACUUUAAUGGCUACUCUGUUGACCAAUGCGACAUGGACAUGGGUUUCAACUUUAGCCCCACCGUGGACAGUCAUUUCGUCGAUCAGAGGUCCGCAUUCCAGCAUGGACCAGGUAACGAGGUUGACUUUCGUUACAUUGCCAAUAGCAUGCUGUUUGGCCAGCCACAUCAACUAUAUGGGCAAUUCAUGCCUUCUGUUGUCAGUGAGGUCCCGAUAUCUUCUUCGUGGGGCCUUGUAGACUACGUAACCACUCAAGAUGGUUUGUCCGAAUCGCCUAGCCGCGAGUCACAUUCUUCCUCCGACACGUCCGAUUUCAGGUCACAUAAUUUGGAGGAGGCCGCUGCUUCCGAGAGCAAACAACAUCCUGCAAGUGAAGUCUCAAUUCAACCUUCAUCGUUGAAGAAGGGUUUGACGCCUGAAUACUUCCAACGUUAUCCGUGCCCGUAUCCGGGCUGCCGCACGAGUUUUAAGCGAAAAGAACACGCCAAACGUCACCAUAUCUCGUGA